UCUCUCUUUUUCUUCGCCCCUAAGCUGUACUCUCGCUGACGCGAGCUUCAGGCCUCGGGGCUAGUACCUUGUUGGGACGCAAUGUUUUUUUUGAUCUAAUCAAGUUUUAGUAUAAUUUGUCAAGCAUCUUCAAUAUAUUCCGUCUUUUUUUCUCAAAAUUCUCAUUCUCCUUUUCUUGUUCAGAUUGCUCUUUCAGCUGUCGGUCGGGUGUGUGGGUCGUACCUGGGUUUCAGAUUAUUUACAAAGCAUGCGCUGCUGACAUAUUUACUUCGCCGCUCGCUGCUUUUAUUUUUAUUUUUGAUUCUUUUUUUUCUUGGACAAUAACCAUUUUACAAAUUCAGGAAUAAGAAAUAUCCUCUCAUGGCGACUCCGCUUUCUGGUACAGCGAUUAUCACUGGGGGAAAUGGGUCGCUUGGAUCUUCAAUAGCCAUCGCCAUUGCCAAAGCACAGCCUUUUGUGCAUCUGCUACUACUGGCACGGGAUAUCCGCUCCGAUAGCGUCAAAGAACUGAGAGACAAGAUCCGGUUGAUCGGACCCCGGUCGAUUGAAGUAGCAAGAGUGGACUUGACAAGUUUCAACUCCGUCGUCAGUUUUACAGAGAACACAGUGGAAAGGGUGCAAAACAAAGAGAUCCCUCCAGUGACACUGCUGAUUAACUGCGCUGCUGUUGCGUCCUACAUCGCCGACCAAGUAACACGAGAUGGGUUCGAUCCCGUCUACCAGACCAACUGUAUUGCCCCGUUCCUCUUGACCAUCGGGUUGCUGGAGGCGUUCCGAGCAGGUGAUGGAACACCAAAUGGCGGAGUGAGGGUGAUCAAUGUUGGUUGCUCAUCCAUGUUGAAAGGCUCUUUGGAUUAUUUCGACAAACAUGAUUUUGGAAAUCAACAACCGGGGACGCAAUUGUCCUCGAAGGAAGGGAAUGCGCGCUUUGGAAGUAGCAAAUUAAUCAUGAGCGCGGCCAUGUACGCCUUGCGUCGGAGUCUGGUACUCAAUGGCAAAAUUCCCUUGAACAUAUUUACCCUGGAUCCCGGUGGAUUGACAGGAGAGAGCCAUUUAACGGAGAACGCACCUCGGUCGGUUCGAAUGGCACACCAGACGCGGUCUGGACUCCGGCCAUUCCUGCGGGUGUUCUCUAAAAGUGCCAUUAAUAACCCUAGUGUUCCAGCCAAGGUAAUCGCGAAAGUCGCAUUCCAGAGAGAUACUGUGGAGCAAUGGGGAAGGGAACGAUAUUAUAUCUUGGACAACGACUACCAGGCCGGAUCCGUCAUUCCGGUGCUUCGAGACCCGCCUAAAAUGGAGGCAUUGCUUAAGAAGCUGAUGGGACAAAUUGAGAUCGGUGUCAAGGGUAUGGGGUCUCCCCAGUCCAGGAUAUCACGGAUCAAUUGAAGAUGGGCGCGUUACUAUAUGUGAUUUCUGUUGGCUUGGAUAGCGAUGGUUAGCAUUCUCUGGCGUUGGGCUCUUUUUCAUGCGUUUCUUAUCAAGUGUUAUCGGGAGCAUCGGGAUUUGAUCGGUUUUCUGUAAAUAGACCAUCGGUGGUAUAGAUAUAAAAGAACGACGAGGCUGCCAAUUAUGGAUCGGCGUGCCAGGGAACUUUGAUCCUAAUUGUCGUACUGAUAAGAGUUGAAGACGGUUGCAUGUCUGCAAACGGGCACGAGUUGGCCUACC